AUGCGUCUUCUUUAUGUCCUAUUUAUUAUUUUCUCUUUCUCUUACUUUUCUCUCUCAAAUUUUUCUUCCUUUUUUUGCUUAUUUCCUUUUCCUUUCUUUCUUUCCAUUUCCUCUAUUCUUCUUUUUGAAAUCUUUUGUCUCUCUGAUCAAUUUUCAAAAAUCACCAGCCGCUUUCUUUACGCCUACACUGCUUUUCCUUUUGUUGUUUUCUUUUUUUUUUCUUGUUUUCUUUUCUUUUCUUCUUUUCUUCUUCUUUUCUUUUCUUCUUUUUUUUUUUUUUCUUUUCUUUCUUUUCUUUUCUUUUCUUUUCUUUUCUUUUCUUUUCUUUUCUUCUUUUCUUCUUCUUUUCUUUUCUUCUUUUCUUUUCUUUUUUUCUUCUUUUCUUCUUCUUUUCUUUUCUUCUUUUCUUUUCUUUUUCUUUUCUUUUCUUCUUUUCUUCUUCUUUUCUUCUUCUUUUCUUUUUUCUUUGCUUUUAUUCUUUUCUUCUCUUUUUCUUUUCUUGUGAUCUUUUCUUCUUCUUAUCUUUUCUUGUUUUCUUUUCUUCCUGUUUUUUUUUUCUUCUUUUCUUCUUCUUUUCUUUCCUUAUUGUGUUUCCUUCGGUUGUUCAUUAACAAUAUUACGCCUCGUUGUACGUUUUCUUAA